GAAAUGCAACCUCGUGUGCAAGUUUCGAUAUUAGUGAGGAAGGAGGUGCAAAUCAGAGCUAAGAGAUCCUCACAAACAACUGCACGGAAACGUAGAUCAGUUGGCCUCACGCUUGUUUAAUUGACAUUUGUAGUGCUGAAAUUAAUAGCCAAAUAUCAAGGAAGACCUUAAGGUUGUUUUCAAUUGUUCUUCAGUAACCGAUGGUAGGAAGCUGCAAUUAUGCCGAAACCGAGCUCUUCAUCUGGAGCUAUGUCCCCAAGUACAAAACAGCCAAAUCAAGAGAUUGGAGUUAGUGUGCCGGACUCAGAGACUGUCACUGAGGACAAAAAGAAACAAUUUACAGUUUACAAAGUAUUGGUGCAAGUUCCUGGUAAAUCCUGGUUCAUUUUCAGACGCUAUAAUGAAUUCAACACUCUUCAAGACAAAUUGAAGAAAAUUUAUCCUGAUCUUAACAUCAAGCUUCCUGGCAAAAAUAUAUUUGAAACAAGGUUUUUGAAGAAAAACCUCAACCCAGAUUUUAUUAAAGCACGAAGAGAAGGACUACACGAGUUUAUAACGCAACUGUUAUCAGUUCCAGAUAUCACCAGGAAUCCUGAUGUCAGAGAAUUUCUCUCCCUUGACAAUCCAAAAAAUGCUCCAGUCCAAGAUGACGACAUGGAUGACACAGACGAGAAGGUUGAUGAAAUGACGAAAGAUAUGGAGAAAGUAGACCUCGGUGAAUCCCACAAUCCCAAGGCAAAACCAAGUGACUUUGAGUUCUUGAAGGUCAUCGGAAAGGGCAGUUUUGGCAAGGUUUUACUAGCGAAGCACAAGCAAGAUGGCCGACACUACGCCAUCAAAGUGCUCAGGAAGGCCGCAAUUCGAAAGCGCAAUGAGGCUCGGCAUAUAAUGGCAGAGAGGAACGUUCUUCUUAAGAAUGUGAAACAUCCUUUCCUAGUGGGUCUGCAUUAUUCAUUCCAAACAAGCGACAAGCUUUACUUUGUUUUGGACUACGUCAAUGGUGGAGAGCUUUUCUUCCAUUUACAAAGAGAAAGGUACUUUCCGGAGCACCGAGCACGAUUUUACGCAGCCGAAAUUGCAUCAGCAAUAGGAUAUUUGCACAGCCUCGGUAUCAUUUACAGGGACUUGAAACCGGAAAACAUUUUGCUGAGUUCUGAGGGUCAUAUUAUCCUCACUGAUUUUGGUCUUUGUAAAGAAGGAAUUGAAGCUCUUGGAACGACUUCAACAUUUUGUGGAACUCCAGAGUACCUGGCUCCGGAGGUGCUGCGAAAGCAGGAGUACGACAAAUCUGUGGACUGGUGGUGCCUGGGUGCUGUGACGUAUGAAAUGAUGUAUGGCUUGCCUCCAUUUUACAGUCGAGACACAGCUGAGAUGUAUGACCAGAUUUUGCAUAAACCAUUGAGAUUAAGGACAAAUAUUUCUCAUAGUGGCAGAGAUCUACUUCAAGGGCUAUUGCAGAAGGAUCGAACAAAGCGCCUUGGCUCCUCAGAAAGAGAUUUUAAUGAUAUUAAGGUGCACCCAUUUUUCCGCACCAUCAAUUGGCAAGACCUUUACGACAAGAAGAUCGAGCCACCAUACAACCCCAAUGUUAAAGACCAGAUGGACUUGAAGCACUUUGAUCCUGAGUUUGUUAGAGAGUCUGUCCCAGAAUCAUUAAAGAAAUACGCUGAUCAUCAAAUCAGUGCUAGUGUUGGUGAUCCUGAUGAUGCAUUUGUCGGUUUUACGUAUGUCCCACCAACCGACGAAUUGAAUGAAUGAAGAGUUUUGCAGAAAGUUGCACUGAUUACCUCCUGGUAUUGCGUUUACGCUACUAAUGGUAUUUAGAAUUGAUCUGAACAAUGAUUUAACGUAUUGUUGAUAAGAGGAAUAUUACUUGGAACUGUUUGGCAGGGCAACCCGCGCAAUUACCGCGGCCCGCGCUUUUCCUUUGUCCUUUGUAAAGCGAACCCUUAGCUCUUUCGAUUCCAGUGAACUAGGAACCUUGUUUUUUAACAUGUGAAUCGGCAAAAAAGGUAUUUUUUGUCAAUCUAAAAUUAAUCGACAGCUAAAACCCCUUUAUGAAUGCAACUGUUAGUCAUUAAGUUUAUAAUGACAGAUAGCCAUUUUUACUUGCUUCCAUAUAAAUGCACGAUUUUACCUAGCUCGGAUUCGUGUGAUUUUGUUUUAUGUUAUAAAUUGGAAGGCAAUCGCUUAUGCUAGCUGACUGAUUUGAGUCGUCGGUCAUUAAGUCUCUCAUUUCGAAACAUGCCUUUUUUUAAGUAGAAUCCGUUGUCUAAAAUGUUGUUAUGAAAGUUUCGAGGCCAUAAUUCCUCAUAACGAGUGGGUUGUUUAGAUUAACACACAAAGUAGGACGCACAAGAUGAUUUUCUAAACACAUACGUCAUAUGAUCAUUAGAUAAUGUAGUUAUGAAAUCUGGGGAUAAUCUUUUAACAUCAUUCUUUUCUUUUCUCAUAAAAAGUCUUGCUUGAUAUCAAAUAACUGUUUCAUACUAUUUCAUUUUUUAAGAAAUAAUUAUUGCUGUAAAAUGAAGAAAAUAUUCCAGAAAGUGAUUUGAAAA